GGCCAACAUAUGGAGCCCACCACAAUGUGUAAUUGGACUGGAGCCCAAGCGCGACUGGGGGUAGCAGAGCAAUGGCAUCCAUGGCUUCUUCCUACUCUAAUUCUACACAGUGCUUUUUUUUCGCAUCCAUUCGUCCACCUCCGUCCUCUUCUUCAACAGUGGAUCAUCCUUUGUAGUGUUCUUGUCCAAUUUAUUAAGCUCUUCACAUCUUUCUACAGUCUGUGUCCAUGAUGCUUCCUAGGGUAAGAAUGAGCUUAAUCCCCAAGAGGGUGUCUCUUCCAUUGCUUCCGCAAUCAUCAUGCCUUUAUUGCAGAGAUGGAGUUCGAAAGAACCAGCAGAGUAACUAUUUUCCAAAGAGAACAUUUUCAAUUUCCUGUUCAGCUAUUAAAUCCUACCCUCUUCGAAAGAAUACACAAGGAGAAGAAGUGCGGGUUCGGUUUGCACCAUCGCCUACAGGCAAUCUUCAUGUUGGAGGAGCCCGAACUGCCCUAUUCAAUUACCUGUUUGCAAGGUCCAAUGGUGGAAAGUUUAUUCUUCGAAUUGAAGACACUGACUUGGAAAGAUCAACAAAAGAAUCGGAGGAAGUCAUGCUUUCUGAUCUUUCUUGGCUUGGUCUCAGCUGGGAUGAAGGUCCUGGAAUUGGUGGAAACUAUGGACCAUACAGGCAGUCCGAGAGGAAUGCACUUUACAAGGAAUAUGCUGAAAAACUUUUACAAUCUGGUCACGUUUAUCGAUGUUUCUGCUCUAGUGAGGAACUAGAGAAAAUGAAAGAGAUUGCAAAACUGAAGCAGCUGCCUCCAGUUUAUACAGGAAAAUGGGCAAGAGCAACUGAGGAGGAAGUGCAAGAAGAAUUGGAAAAGGGUACCCCAUAUACAUAUAGGUUUAGAGUACCUAGUGAAGGGAGACUGAAAAUUGACGACCUCAUCCGUGGUGAGGUGAGCUGGAAUCUCGACACUCUUGGAGAUUUUGUUAUCAUGAGAAGUAAUGGACAACCUGUUUACAAUUUCUGUGUCACUGUUGAUGAUGCUACCAUGGCUAUCUCACACGUUAUAAGAGCAGAAGAGCAUUUACCGAACACUCUAAGGCAAGCUUUAAUAUAUAAGUCCCUUGGCUUUCCAAUGCCUUCCUUUGCACACGUUUCUUUAAUUCUUGCCCCUGAUAGAAGCAAACUCUCAAAACGACACGGUGCAACUUCAGUGGGCCAGUUCAAGGAGAUGGGUUAUUUGCCUCAGGCUAUGGUGAAUUAUCUUGCAUUAUUGGGAUGGGGUGAUGGCACAGAAAAUGAAUUUUUCACCCUUGAGCAACUGGUUGAAAAGUUCACAAUUGAACGAGUAAACAAGGGUGGUGCCAUUUUUGAUUCCACAAAGUUUAGGUGGAUGAAUGGUCAACACUUGAGAUCUCUACCGUUGGAAGAGUUAGUAAAAAUCAUUGGUAGCCGCUGGAAGGACACAGGUAUUCUUACAGAAUCAGAGGGAACAUUUAUACAGGAGGCAGUUGUGAUUUUGAAGGAUGGAAUUGACUUGAUAAGCGAUUCAGAGAAAGUUCUUUCGAACUUAUUAUCUUAUCCUUUUCAUGAAACCCUGAACAGCCCUGAAGCAAAAUCAGUUUUGGAUGAUGGACUAUGUGAAGUUGCAGAGAGCUUGCAAGCUGCCUAUUCGAGUGGUGAGUUAUUGGGUGCACUUGAAGAAGGCCAACCUGGGUGGCAGAAGUGGGUAAAGACCUUUGGUAAAUCACUGAAGCGGAAGGGAAAGUCUCUGUUCAUGCCCCUCAGGGUGUUGCUAACCGGAAAGCUUCACGGCCCAGACAUGGGAUCUAGCAUUGUUUUGCUCUAUAAAGCUGGUAAGUCGGGUUUCGUCUCAUCUCAAGCUGGGUUUAUAUCUCUGGAUGAAAGAUUCAAAAUGCUCAGCCAAGUUGAUUGGGAAUCAUUCAGCAAAGAUGAUCUCCGCUCUGUGUCUCAUUGAUCUUCACAUUAGUGGCAGUGACAUGUAUUCCUAGCUUAAAAAUUAUGCCCACCAGGCCACCACCUUUUUCUCCAUUUGUUGGACUCUUUGUAUUAUACUAUGUAUAGACACAAAAAAAAAGUGAAACAAAUGUUUUGCCUUUCUGUUUAUAUAUGUGGACCAUGAAUUCAAAUUUGGUGUCAAACUUGAAUUGGGAAUCCUCCAAACUUGAAAUUAAAGGUUUAGAAUAAUG